AUGGGAGACAACGCCGGAAGCUCGGGCAACAACCCCGUGAUCUCCAUCGGCAACAUCCGGGGGUUCGGGGGCUGUGAUUACGGAUCCUUUCGAAUGUCCAACGAGUUUUUAGGAUGGAAAAACAAAAAAACAAACAGCGUAUACCAGUACAAGUGCAGUGACAUAAGUGAAGGGGAGUGGAUAAAAACAAGCUACAACAAUAACAGGCUAUACCUAAAGUUCAAUGAACAGAAAGGCAAUUUGAUCAUCUUCUUUGACGGAUUUCCAGAUCGAAAUACACCUGAAAUAACUCAGCAUUUUCAGAAAUAUUUUAAUCUCAAAUUAGCUAACAGGAAGCUAGCUACGAAAGGAUGGCACUGGGGAGAAUUCAAGUUAGAAAAUUCUAACAUAAAUUUUGACAUAGACAACAAAUAUGCAUUCAGUAUACCAACGAAUAAUAUAAACCAACUGAAUGUGCAGAUAAAGACUGAUAUAGCAAUGGAAUUAAAAAAUGAGGACAGUAAAAAAACGGAUGAAGAUUUUUUAUCAGAAAUACGUUUCUGUUAUCCACACGAAAAUGAGGAAAAUCAACAUUUUCAGAAAUUUAAAAAUGAUUUGCUGGAGAAAGUAAAUAUAGGAGACUCCAAAAGUGAAUGCAUUGCCUCCCUUGCAAAUAUUCCUCUCCUGGUCCCAAGAGGAAGAUACGAAAUCGAAAUGUACUCAAAGUCAUUCAAGCUACAUGGAAAGUCCUACGAUUUUACCGUUCAAUAUACUAAUAUAAAUAAAAUGUUGUUAGUACCCAGAAGUAACUCCAAUCAGUACGUUUUAAUCUUUAGCCUAAAUAACAAAAUGAAGCAAGGACAAACUGAGUACCCAUUCAUUUUGGUUCAGCUCAAUAACGAUGACGAAAUGGAACUGGACAUCAAUGCAAGUGAUGAGGAUCUAAAAAAAUAUAAAUUAGAAAAAACACUCAGCGGAAAUCAAUACGAUGUAGUCACUAGACUCUUUACUGCGCUGGUUAAAAAAAGUGCCAUAAUUCCAGGGGACUACAGAACAGCAAAAAAUGAAUAUGGUAUUACAUGCAGUUAUAGAGCAGCCAGCGGACAGCUUUACCCGCUAAAUAAAUAUUUCCUCUUUAUUGUUAAACCCGUUAUUCUAAUCUCCUUUGACGAUAUUGUCACACUCACUUUCCAGAGAACGGGAAAUAUAAAUCAACACCGUUUCUUCUCUCUUAUUAUAAAACACAAAAGAGGAAUGAGUUAUGAAUAUACCAAUAUAGACAAAAAUGAAUACCUCCCUCUCCUGGAAUUUUUAAAGAGUAAAAAUAUACACAUUCAGGAUGAUGCCAAUGCUGCGGAUAAAAAACAGGACUUUGUCGAUGGACUCUCCGAAUCGGAUGAAGAAGAUUACGUUGCGGAUGAUGAUGACGACGACGAAGAGGAUUACGUCGCAGAAGAUGAGGAUGACGAUGACGACGAUGAUGGAGGCAGUGGAUCCGACGAGGAAGAGGAGGAGGAAGAAGAAGAUGAUGAUGAUUAG